CUCGACAGUCGCCGUCGACGACGAUCUGUUGUUGUUGUGGCUGCGAUCUCAACGUCAUUAUUGCUCGCGAUAUCUGCGGGCAUGUCCUGUGCCGAUAUUCAAUGAUCAAUUGCCUCCAUGAACAUCUGGUCUUGAACUAUCCCAGCUCUUUCAGCUGGUAAUAGCAUGGGCUGGUAGUGCUGGCUGGCGCUGACGCAACCAACACACAGACUAUCCAGCUACUAUCAAUCACAACGACUUGAGCAAAAUGGAGUCGGCAAUUCGAUGGUCCCCUUCCUCGACCACGGCAGAGCAACGCUUUCUCUCCGUGGAUGUUACAGGGAGGGAAUUUCGACUCUGCAAGGUCACCUCGUUUGACGGCAGAAACCUAGACCAUGAAGUACUCUCGACACAUACCAAGGUGCCAGCCUUUCGUGCUUUCGACUGGUCUCCCGUGGAUGAGUCGCUAAUUGCUGUCGGUCAAUCCUCUGGAGAUGCGACUAUUUUGCGUAUGGGUGGUGAUUCUCAAGACUCGUUUUCUUUCCCCAUUCGGAAUCAACGUUACUGCAAUGCGGUUGCAUUCAGUACGCAUGGACUGCUGGGCGCCGGGCUGGAUCGCGUUAGAAAUGACUUUUGCUUGAACAUUUGGGAUGUGAACCAGCGUGUGGCGAUGAAAGGAACGAAGGGGUUUGCUGAACCGUUGAGAAAAUUGGCUAGCUCGGAGCCGAUUACCAGUAUCAAAUUCUUUAGAGACCAGCCAGACACGCUUGUAACUGGAGUUAAGGGUCAAUUUGUCAGGAUAUAUGACCUGCGGGAGGGACCUGGUAAUCCAUCUCUGCAAUUCCCCACACGGUGUGUCCAUAAUCUGGCCAUUGAUUGGCUUGAGGAGAAUUAUAUUGCAUCCUGCCUCCCAUCCGGUGACCCUACUGUCUGUAUCUGGGAUCGACGUGUAGGCUCCCGGUUUACUUCACCAGCCGUGGGCCCAACCAGCGGCAUUGAGACCGGCCAGCCAGGCCCUGCACUUGAAUUCAAGAAUGUUGUCUCGCCAAAAUCAACAUUAUGGAGUUUACGUUUUUCAAGAACCAAGAGAGGUUGCUUAGGCGCUCUUUCCAACACCGGCCAUUUCAAAACUUAUGAUAUCGCCAAGGAAUACCUAUCCGAAGAGUAUCGCGCUUCGAUGGAUGAGACUCUUGGCCAGGGUUCCUUUAGAAAUUACCCCGAACAAGUUUACACCAAAUCUGUACGAGACGUUUACAGUCCGUUUAAUCAUCCUUCGCGCGGCUGCAACGAGCUGGAAAGAGUGGUCUCUUUUGAUUUCCUAAAUAUGAGUGCCUCCAACGAGCCAAGCGCUGUGACCUUAUCUGGCAAUGGGCAAGUCAAUGUUAUCACACUCCAGCCGACUUCACCCCCUGUGCGGCUUUCUUCUCAAGGUGUCUUGGUGCGCGGAGACCCUGACGGCUACGUGGAAUUCAAUACUAUGGGUCCCAUGUCUGGCCAGGAGACAAGUAACUCCGAGCUGGUUGCCAAAAUACGCAAAAAUCACUUACCAGACUCUGAUGAUCAAUCAAAUGGUCUGAGAGGUCGGCAGGCUGACUUAAAUGGCCGCUCUACAAGUCCCCUCUCAAGUCGCGAGACCCGAGAGCGUGACUUGUCUCUAGGAACCUUAGACUCCCCUUUGACGGCUGAAGAGGCAUUGACACUAUUGACUGUCAAUAGACAUCGAUGCAGGGAUGGGUAUCUUUUUGAUGAGGUUCGCAACAAAACAAUAGUUGCCGAGGAUCCCUUCUUGCAAGACUUCUGGGAUUGGGUUAAGCGGGCACGGUCUGACUCAUCUGAUUCCUCGAUGGUCAUGAACGAGCUGGAUUUGAAUUACAUGGGGGUGUCCAGUAUCUGGAACAAUGACUUGGGCCAGAGCCUCGAAAGCCGACGAAUUGGCUCGUAUGGUCCGCAUUCCGUCCAUCCCACUCAUAUAAAAGAGACCAUUGUUGAUUUGGUUCGUGAUCGGUUGAAUCUAUCCGAGACCAAAAACUGCGAGACAAAGUACCUUGAACAUCGCCUUCUUUGCCUUCGACUCUGUGGUGCAACACAAUCCCACCGUGAACUUGAAGAACUUGUCAAGACGUUAAGUGCAGAUAACCAGCAUACCAAAGCCGCUGCCUUGGCUGUCUUCCAAGACGAAGCCAAACUCGCUUACUUGGCGUUGCGCAGCAAUGAACCUACACAAGCACAUAAAUUGCUUGCCAUGGCCAUAGCAGGUGCAGCAAAAGGAGAGGCCGACUCGGAUUGGGAAGAGACAUGCGCAGAGAUUGCCAAAGAGCUUACCGACCCUUAUGCCCGGGCUAUCCUAGCGCUGGUCAGCAAAGGGGAUUGGAAUUCAGUUAUCCAAGAGACCACAUUGCCACUGAAAUACCGAGUUGAGGUCGCUUUACGUUGGCUUCCCGACGAAGAUUUAACCGCGUACUUGAAAGAGACCACCGCUGAGGCCAUCUCUCAGGGCGACAUUGAGGGAAUUGUUCUCACGGGCCUUGGUCAUUCCGCCAUGGAUCUAUUCCAAUCUUAUAUCAGUAAGUUUAAUGAUGUACAGACGCCAGUUCUGGCCAUGAGCCAUACUGUCCCGCGCUUCAUCAACAACGGAGCCUACAAGACUCAAUUCGAAUCAUGGCGCGAGACCUAUCGUUGGCAGAUCAACUCCUGGAAACUACAGUUGGAACGAGCACGAUUUGACGUUGGGUCCCGCAAAUUCGCGGUCACCUGGGAUGGCCGAAAACUAAUUGAACCACCACGGCAACAGGUCAGCUUGACUUGCAACUACUGCACCAGGCCACUCACCCAGCAUGACUCGUCUUCUCAGAUUUCUUCGUCCAGCGCAGGGGAGGUCGUGCACCCGACCGCAGGAAACCCGUUGGGAACGGCCGCAAUGUCUGGGAUGGUCUGUCCGAGAUGUGGGCGCCAUAUGCCUCGAUGUGGAGUUUGUACGCUUUGGCUGGGCUCUCCGGAUCCGAUGUCUCGAGCGUCCAUUGCAGCGGAGUCUGGUCAAGAACAGCGCAAACCCACAGAAACAGACUUGAUGCGAAGAUUUAUUGUCUUCUGUAUCAACUGCAAUCAUGGUUUCCAUGCACAUCAUGCCCGGGAAUGGUUUACGAAACACAGAGUCUGUCCGGUUGCUGAAUGUAACUGCAUAUGCGAUCGGUAGACUUGAUUAGAUCCUCUGGCUGCCCUGUAUCCAGCUUUUAUGUCUUUUCUUCCUUUCAAUUUCUUUUCGGAUUCUUUUUCCUUUUCACGCUUCCUGAGAUUAAAGGGAAGGGGGUUUGUUUUAUCUCUAUUAUAUACCCAUUUUUAGAAGCAGCAUAUCAGCAGAAGGCAAUAGGAGUAUCUACUACCUUAGUUUGAACACAAAUAUUUCC